AUCUGUGUAAGUUACCUACACGUGCUGACACGCAAAAAAAAAGCACCCAAUGAGCAACCUCCUAAGAACAAUCAAUAAUCUAACGUAUCAUCGCUUCGAUAUAAACGAUCAAGAUGAAUUCAAACAGAUAUCCAAAUUAAUAGCGAUACAUUUAUCUGAACCUUACUCCAUUUAUGUCUAUUGGUACUUCCUAAACAACUGGCCCCAAUAUUGUUACACCGUGAAAAACGACAAGUCAGUAAUCAUCGGUGUUAUAAUAUCCAAAAUUGAACCCCAUCGAGAGGUGAGAAUGCGUGGGUAUAUCGGGAUGCUCGUGAUUGAUCCAGAAUACCGUAAAAUGGGGAUUGCAUCAAAUUUAGUGAAAUUAACUAUUGAAAAUAUGACUCAGGAUAAUGUCGAUGAAAUAAUGUUGGAAACCGAAGUAAUCAACGAAGGCGCAUUGAAAUUAUAUGAAAGCUUCGGGUUCUUAAGAACAAAGAGAUUGUACCGUUAUUAUUUAAACACUCACGAUGCUUACAGGUUGAUAUUACCAUUGACUGACAAGGCUCAUACAAGAAUUGCCUUUUUACCUCAACUUCCACAAGAGCAAGUCACGUGAUCGCACCACGUCAGAAUUGCCGUGACAAACAAUUGUCAUUUUUGCAUAGAGAUUAUGACAGGCAUUGAUAAAUGUGCGUGUCGUGCACGUCCGGGGUGAUUGCGAUAUUGCAGCUACUUGGAGGCAAUUGCCAUCACUGUAGAGUUGUACAUAGUUAUCGUUUUAUAGUGCAGGAUAUAUUAUAGAAUGCAACGGUGCUUUCACUCACCAAGUAGCAUGGGCUAGCAUACACUAUAAGCUUAGUGGUUGACUCAUACAGUACAAGAAUAGACAUUUCACAAGAGAAUGUCAUCUCGUCUGUCCUAGUAAUUUGCAAACAAGGCUAAAUUAAAUUUCAAUACGCGUGUUCUUAAAAAAAAUUCAUACGCGUAAUUUUAUUUUUCUGUCGUUGCCCUUUGUAUAAAACCACCAGAAUUCAGCAAUUGAAAAUUCUCGUACUUUCUUUUUCCCACUAUACACACAUAAUACAAUACACUACACCAU